AUGUCUCCUAUCCCAAAGGCGCGUUCUCGGCUUUCUCAAUCUUGCUCAUGUCCCCGUGGUACUCAAAUUGGACCUGAACUCAACGACAUGUGUCAACUAAACCAGAUACGUUACCCCUACCCCCAGUCUGGGCCGCACAGACAUGAAAAUACUGGCCUUGGGGACAGGCCUCUUUCGACUGGAAUAUUUUAUGAGCAUUUGUCGUUGGGCCAUGAAUGCAUUCGGCGCUGA